GAUGUGAUGAUCGCGGGGACAACGAUGAUGUCGUCGGAGGGGCAUCGUGGAUUCAUUCGUUUGUUAAAGACCGGUUAAACGAUAACGCGUGACAAAGUGAAGUUUCCACCGAGAAAAAAGGAACGCCGGGCGAACGAGUCGGCGUUCCGUCAGCUGUUCGCCCUGUUUCAUCAGCGCAAGCCUCGGGAUCCCUUGCGAGGACAGAACGCUGCCUCGUCGGUUCCCUUGCUCGAGAUGGGCGCGAGAGCAUGGGACUACGAGGCACUGCCGGAACUUCACACCUCGACGGCCGUUACACCGUCCUCGACGCCACCGAAUGCACAGCAGAAGAUGCACCCGCCCAGGGUCUACUUCCAGGCGGAGAACCUGGCGUCCACUAGGAGACGGAGCAGCUCCAGACUGCUCGCGCCCCAGUCAUCCUGCAGAAGACGCAGCAGAAGCAUGAGCGCUUGGAGCGACCUGUCGAGGUCCUCCUUCAAGCUGGAUGAAAGGUAG